AUGCACUUCGUGGAGCGCUACCAAGCUCUACGUGCUGUGCAGGACAGCUCGGACAAUUUAGUAAAGGAUCUCAUGUUAUACGCCGAGAGCGUUGAAACCGCUCUCCGGGACGAAAACGCACGCUUGACCAAGGAGUUGAACGAUAUGACCCUCGAUUUGGAAGAUGCCCGCCGCUCGAGGCGGGAGAUGCACCAGCAGUUGAACGCCGCCCAGCAGCGUGUAACCCAAUAUGGCUACGAUUGCGAAAAUAUGAAGAACCGGAACCCGUACAUUAUGGUCUUAAUCGAUGGAGAUGGCAUGAUUUUCAACGAAAACCUAGUACGACUCGGCAUCGAGGGUGGGAAACAGGCGGCGACUGUUCUACGAAAUAUGGUUCUGGAAAAUUGCCACGACCUGACGGAUCAAAUUGAGGUUAUGGCCAAAGUCUGUGCAAAUAUUGGCGGAUUGUCGAAGGCGAUGCGGCGGGAUGGGUCUAUCGAUAAUCCGGAGGACCUGAGAGAGUUUACCUUGGGAUUUUCACAAGGAAAAGCUUCGUUUGAUUUCAUCGAUGUUGGCCAUGGGAAGGAGAGGGCAGAUUCAAAGAUCAAAGAAUGUAUGCGAUGGCAUCUACGUAAUCACAAUUGCAAGCAAAUCCUCCUAGGAAUCUCCCACGACGCUGGUUACGCCCCCUUCCUCGACGAGGUAGUCUCCCACGAAGACCGUGGCCGAAUAACCAUAAUCGAGGGCCCCCCGGUUGUGCGCGAGCUUAGAGCCACCGGCAUCCAAAUCAUAAAUUUCAACAAUAUUUUCCGCACCGAGAAGCUCGUCGAUCGCCUGGCGCCCACUCCCAGUGAGCAAGUUCCCUCCACGUGGGCCGGUGUUACCUCAAUAACCUCGCCUAUCCGCUCCGACUCCCCCGUUUCAAUCAAAGCCGGAUCGACGACAACUAUAUCUCUCAAAAAGCAAACCCCAACACCCACACCCGCAAAACUAGCCUGGACCCCCGAACCCCGCGGCCUGGAUCCCCCCAUCACAGUCAACGCCGCCGUGCUUGACAAGAUCAAGCGCCGCACCAACUCCAACAAGCUGUGCAACAAUCACUAUCUGCGCGGCCCCUGUGCCAAAGGCGACGAGUGCUGCUUCGAACACAAAUACAAACCCACCGAUGAAGACUUGAAAGCUAUCGCCUACCUGACGCGCCUAAACCCGUGCUUGAACGGCCAGGAAUGCGAGCUCGAGUAUUGUAUCUACGGACACCAUUGCCCCAGCGUGACGUUCCCUGCGGGCAGCAAGGAGCCGGUUUGUGUUGCUUUUGGUUGCCGCUUCGGCAAGGAGGAUCACCCGCCCAAUACAGUUAUCAAGCACCCACGAAAGGAGAAGUGGGAACGGGAGUCAUUUUAUUGA